UGAUUAGAAUUCAUUUUUACUUUAUUCACAUUUUAACAAUUCAAUAUCAACCAUACAAUUCAACUUUUUCCUAAGCAAACGCAACACCCUUUGUGCCAAACAUAGGGGCGAAGGUAGUACAAAAUAUCCUCGGGUGGAAUACUAGUAAUAAUAAUAGAUAAUGGUAUAUACCUCAAUAGCGGUCGUACAAAUGUAACUAAGUUAAUUGUGGGGGUAGAUCGGGAAAUAUUUUUAACCUUACCACAAUAAGGUAAAUAGUUUUGAAAAAAACUAGGACUCCAGCACCUUCGAACAUCAUUCUUAUAGCAGGAGAAUAGAAGGGGAAAAUCAGUUGGAUGUGUCUUGAGGUAAUUCCUCUUGCUCAUCUCCGGUCUUCCUUCCUACUCAUUUCAGCUACUAAUAUCACUCCAAUACCAGGUGUGCUGAAUCCAUCGCUGGAGCUGACGGCAGGCCAAGCGUUGUUAUUGCAUUUUCUAUUUAACCAUAUUGUAUUGAACACUUGUGUAGACAGUUAAUGGCUGAAUUUCUUUGAUCCCUUCGUUCCUUGUAAUCGUUAGUAGUCUUCGGAUGAAGGAUUUAUUCGACACACAGAGGAAACAUGGGAAGAGUUACAAGGAAUCCGCAAGGAAUUCGCCACCGUCAAUGAACACUUGGUCCGAGUCGAUGAAGGAUUCGCUUCCAUCACACAACAAUUGGAGACAAUGAUGGCAUUGCAGCCGGCUCAAAUCGCUAGAGACAAGGAGAAGGGCGGCGGCGAGGACUCGGGAAAUAAGUCAGUAUACAUACCCCCGCACUUCAGGAAUUCGACCGUCAACGUUCAUAACCCAGAGAUGCGGAUGUAAUUUCCUGAGUUUGACGGCAGCGAUCCACGACUCUGGUUGCACAAGACCAAUAGAUUCUUCCAAAUUCACCCUAUGGAUGAUCUGGCUAAGGUACAUCACGCAUCCUAUUAUAUGAGUGGCACUGCAGAUUUAUGGUUUUAUGAAUAUGUUGAAGGGAGGCGCACGUGAACUGGGAUGUUUUCUGCAAAAAGGUUUUUAUCCCCAUCACAUGAUGAUAUUGUGGUAAAGUUUACUCAAUUGGUGCAGAGAUCAGAUGUGUCAAGUUAUGUGGAGAAUUUUGAAGAAAUUAAAUCGCUGGUAAGAGCCAAGCAUCCUGCUAUAACUGAGGAUUUUUAUAUUUCAUGUUUCCUUAAGGGGCUUAAGGAGGAAUUAAGAGCCCCAUUGCAGCUCUUUAAACCCGAGACCUUGACUAUGGCUAUUAAUCAGGCUAAGUUGUUGGAAAACACAUUGGAAAUAUGGGGCAGAAAAGAGAAGAUAGCACAAAAAAACGCAGUAGUUCAUUUUGCAGGAAGCAGAGUUAAUGGACCUGAGAAUUGGAAGAAUAGCUUAAACACGGGAAGAGAAAACAGUAGGCCAUCUGUGAAGAAAUUAACCAAGGAAGAAUAUAAUGCUAGGAAGGAAAAAGGGUUGUGUUUUACUUGCAACGAGAAAUACACCAGGACACAAAUGUUCAAAUCUGUUCCAGUUGGUUUUGAGUGAAGAUGAAGGCGAGAUAAUUCUGGAAGACGGUGAAGGGGAGGAGAAGCUAGACCCAGAUGUUCCAGCUAAAGUGGUUGGGAGAUGGGCCAGAGAUGCAGGAUGAUUUUAAACUCUGCAACAUUGUGGAACAGGAUGCAACAAAGUCCUUGCCUCUGCUCUUUCUUCCUAUGCUCUUUCCGGCUAUGGAAGGAGUGAUGGUGAAGGUUCAAAUCAGGACACUGUGGGUUCAGAAAUCCGUGAUGUGCUGGGAAGGGAGAGGCGCAAGGAUGAAGCUGAAGGUGAAGCCGAAGAUCAAGGCUGUUCCAUAUCACCCACCUUGAGGAUAAGGUGGUUGUCCAAAGCCCAAGGGGGAGAUAUGUUAGGAUCAUGGGCUAAGUAGAAUAAUAAUAAGAAUAUUAGAAUAAUAAUAAAUAAUUGUGAUAGUGUAUUAGAGGGUCCUGGGCCUGGUAUUAGUUAUCUUUGGCUGACCCAUAAGGAAAAGAUUAUAAAUAGGACUGAGAGUAGAAUAAAGGGCAGGAUUUGGACUGGGACUUGGGAGUGUUGAGACUACUCGAAGUGUCUCUAUCGUUCUUUUCUUCUUUCCGUGCUUCUGUACUCCUUUUUCCUGAAUUAAUAUACACUAAAUUGUCUGGUA